AUGUCACUUCUCAACGACACCGGUGACAUUUUUCGAGAUGCUGGGCAUCUUGCACCGGACCAGGAGGUCUCCAGGGGUCGCAAGAGGUCUCGAAGCUCGUCCAGAGUCGGCAGAUCCAGGUCCCUUCGGCCCGACGAGUCUAGCACGCUCCGAGGAAGAUCACCACGUCGUGCUACGUCUCCAUUCCCGUUGCCUUCUCGAAACACCUCUCCUUCCAUCUUGAGGUCGCCCACCAGCCAAAUCUUAUUGUACAACCAACUACGACGGGUUCGCAGGGAGCAUUGCCCGUCUCGGACUGCCUCCCCCGGCGAUCGAAGCUUGCGACGAAGUCAAAGGACAAGAAGUCGCAGCCGAGGGCCCCGACGGGACCAUGAGCCUGUUCGAUCCCCAGAUAUUCAAUCUAGCUUGCGAAACGAGGUUUUGUACGAGCACCAAGAUGGCUCCAAGAAUACAGUUCAGCAAUGA